CAAAAUAUUGUGUUUUGUGUUGUUGAAAGCUGGAUAGUUUGCUUCUUGGUUUUAAUGUGGGAAGGUUGCUUUCUAAUCAUACAUGUCAAUGACCCUGUUUUGCAAUCUAAACUGUGUUCUUUCAUGUUAUUGGAUUCUCAUCACGAGACUGUGUUAAAGUCUAUAUCAAGUUAUCAACUACGAUACUAUGAAAUAAUGGGGCCACUUUGGAAUAAUCUUUUAUCGUUUAUUGUCACUAGUUGUAUUGGAAGUUACAUAGAAUAGCGUCUUGGGUAAGGAAUGAUAGGAGCCAAUUUAAAAAGACAUUGUUAUUACAUAUUGAACGAAAACCCACUUUUAGUGUGAAAAGACCGACUUUCUUACAAAGCAAGUAGGAAGUGGGCAUAUGCUUUAUCUAAAGGAAGUAGUGUACAGCACAACAAAGAAAAGAAUCUGUAUAGCUCUAUAAAUAACAAGCAACGGAUGACGGCAAUUCACCGCUUCCAACUUCAUGCAGAAGUCCAAUGGCUUUGGUAGAGUUGAAGGUCGGAAUGCACUGCGAGAAGUGCAUCAAGGCAAUCAAGAAAGCAAUCAAGAAAAUUGAUGAAAUGGAGACUUAUCAUCUGGACUCAGAGAGCAACAAGGUGACUGUAACAGGGAAUGUUACACCUGAAGAAGUAAUAAAGGCCCUUCAAAAGAUUGGAAAGAGUGCAACUUCUUGGAGUGAGGAUUAAUAGCAUCUGAUAAUUCAUAUCAAGGACUAGUUAGUCUCUCCCAUAGAUGUUUCCUCUCAAUAUUGACCAUGAUGUAUUUUUCUUUUAAUCUUUUUUUUUUUUUUUUCUUUCUCGGAGUAUCAACCAUCAUGGUUAAAUUUAACAUUUUGAAAUGGCUGGAACAAACUUCCUGUAUCUAUUUAGACUUCUAUGUUGCUACUUGCUACUUUGUAGUUAUGUUUUAACACCUCAUUGGAAUGAGAUGUUUAUAGCAUUACUGGUA